AUGUUGUUUAAUGUUAUAUCGAGUAGAAGAAUAAGUGGCAUUAUCGAUCAACCAAUUUUAAGAGAAAGAUGGGUUGGAGUUGAUGGCAGAAGAACAACAAUGAAUGGAGAGGCAACUUCAACAGGUGCAUGCAGCAAACUAUCCCAAGCUUAUUUGUACAUAACAAGUCCUCAUCUCUUUAGUGGGGAUGCAGAAAAGGUAUUGUGGCUUGUAAGAAAUAAGGUAAAAGUUCCCCUAUAUGGGUGUGAUUGUUAUGCUUAUGCUCUAUUGGCUUGGGAUUUUGUUGAUCUUGUUAUAGAGUCCGGGCUUAAACACUACGACGUCCUCUCAUUGGUACCUGUAAUAGAAGACGCUGGAGGAUCAAUAACUAAUUGGAAAGGGCUUGACGUUCAAUGGGAUGCCACUCUCAUUUCACAUCCAGCAAGUUUUAAUGUCAUCGUGGCAGGGGACUCCAAUAUCCACAAGCAAGCUUUGGAUGAAUAUUACAGUGGAAGUAAACUCGACAGAUAG